AUCAAGAAGGCUGGUGGAUAAUCAAGACUGUGUUGAUGCCCUAAUAAAAUCAGAGAGAAUAGUUUGGGCUAGAGAAAAAUCUAAUCUACAGAAGGCCUUAAAUCUGGCAGAGGCUGAACUAUCUAAAAUGAAGGCAGAAGCCAGAAGUGAUUCUUUACACACAGAGUUGCUUGGAUCAAUUUCUGAAACUGUUGCAGUAAAGAGAAUUUAUGGGAAGUAUCUGCGGGCAGAAGGGUUCCGAAAAGCUCUAAUUUAUCAAAAGAAAUAUUUGUUACUCCUCCUCGGCGGAUUUCAAGAAUGUGAGCAAGCAACGCUUUCGUUUAUAGCUCGAUUGGGAGGUCACCCGUCUUGUACCGAUUUACAGGUUAUUACCCGUCGUUCCAGAGGUUUUACCAGAUUCCGCUCGGUGGUUAGGGUUUCCAUAGCAGUCUCAAGGUGAGCAAUUGAAAUUUGCAAUGGAGUUACGGAUUUAGGAAUCUUAUCCUCGACAGUUUCAAUCAGUAUUAAUUCAGUUUAUCAAGGACAAGAGCACAAGGCACAUAACUUCAGUCCUGUUUAGGAAAUGUUACCUAAAAGACACAGUGAACAUUAAUAUGUAAGAGAUGAUCUAAAGGUGACAUUAAGGCAUUUGCUGUAUCUUGGAAUCCCUCAAUGUUCAUUUGUUUGCAGCUAUUGUAUAAAUCGGUAAGUUAU